GUGGGUAUGUGCCAUUAACUGAGGCUUCGUCAUUGCCAUCAACAACUGACAACAAAGCAGCAAUCCUGUACAAGCAAAUAGCCCGUGGACAACUUGCACAAAGAUGUGGCCUCGCGAUCAACGCGAUGUUGUGAUAGUAAUUGGAGCUUGCUGCCUCGUCAUUAAUGUGAUUGCCCUUCUAAAAGCAGCCCUGACCCCGAUGCCGUCGGAAUUGGAUCCCACACUUCGCACUGUAUCUACGGCGGUUUCCAUUUCAUACAAUAGUGCAAGUUGUAUUCUUUCGAUUGCUUGGAUAUGGGGAGCCUAUCAUGUAAAGCGCGGCUUGCUACAAAAUGUUGUACUUGGGACCAAAAUACGGAUCGUCGUUACGGCCAUUCUGAUGGCGUUUAUUCUUUACGUUAUGUCGCAAAUGGAAAAGCCGAGUCUCAUCCAUAUAUUAGGUGAGACUAGGGAAUUUAAGAGCGUGGACGCCAAAACUGUAGUGCUACAGAGCGUCAACAUCCUGUCGGCACCGAACUUGCUGGCGCUGGCUCUGAGAAAUUCGGCCGGCAAUGAUAAACAUCCCGACAAGAGGAACGACGACAUUGAUGAAAAGACUAAAAAGAUCAUUCAAAAGUUGGCUCUGGAAAAUCCGACCGACAAGGACAAAGAUAAAGAUCCUGAAAAGAAGAAGGACAACGUUGAUGAAAAGAGCGCUUCCAAGUUUACCGCGAUGGCGUGGGCUGUUUUGCAAUUCAUUCUUGUGCUUUGUUUGGAGGUGAGUAGCCGCAAGUACUCUGACAAAAGCCUAGGGAACAUUCGUCCAGUUUUCGUCAGGCGUGAGUGCCGAAAGAAGUUCAGUGUUAUUGCGGGGCUACAAAAAGCAUCAAAAACGUCGUUCCGUGUUCAUCGUUUACAGAUUGGACCAAUUCGUCAAGAGCUUACCCGAGGGCACGCCUAGCACACCAUAGCCCGGCACGAUCUCCAACUCGCCAGUAAAAGCCAGGAUUUUGCAUUUAAAUAACAAAUUCAAGGGCGCACAUCGUCCUUAUAAUUC